CAGGGUGAUGGACGCCCAGGAUCAUCCCUCUUUUAUGGGCCCGGGACUCCUAUCCAGGCUGUCACUCAUGAUGCACUUUGGGAGGAGCAGUGUUGGCCCCCGAGAGUCCGGCCAAAGCCGCCAUGGGGAAGACAACAACACGGGGAGCAGAAAAAGCGCUCAUUCGAAUCUGGCCGUACACAACGUAAACAACUCCAACAACAACGACGGAAAAGAUGACAAGAAAGAGGAAAAUAAGGAUGACAAAAAGGAUGAAAAGAAGGACGAAAAGAAGGAUGAUAAAAAGGAUGAAAAGAAGGAUGAGAAGAAGGAUGAUAAAAAGGACGAAAAGAAGGAUGAAAAGAAGGAUGACAAAAAGGAUGAGAAGAAAGAUGAGAAGAAAGAUGACAAGAAAGAUGACAAGAAAGAUGACAAGAAAGAUGACAAAAAGAAAGAAGAACCAGGAAAUUUAGAAAUUGAAAAAGUACUUUUAAAAAGUUGACAAACAAAAACAAAAAUGUGUCUCUAUGCAGAAAAGAAGUUUGGAUCAUGGAUCCUGCCACUGACACGUACUACAACUGGUUGUGCACAGUUUCUAUCCCAGUGUUCUACAACCUCAUGCUUCUGGUGUGCAGGGCAUGUUUUAAUGAACUUCAGUCCAGAUACACAACCCUGUGGAUGGCUUUGGACUACAGCUCCGAUGUCCUCUACUAUGUUGACACCUUUGUGAGAGCCAGAACAGGCUUUUUGGAACAAGGACUGCUUGUGAAGGAUGAAAAGAUUCUGAGGGAGAGAUACAUCAAGACACGUCAGUUCAAAUUAGACGUCAUGUCUAUGCUCCCCACUGACAUUGUGUUUCUGCAAAUUGGAAUCAACAACCCUGAGUGGAGGUUCAAUCGUCUCCUUAAGUUAUCCCGAUUGUUUGAGUUCUUUGACAGGACCGAAACGCGAACCAAUUUCCCCAACAUCUUUCGCAUUGGGAACCUUGUGCUUUACAUCAUCAUCAUCAUACAUUGGAACGCCUGCCUCUACUUCGCUAUCUCCAAAGUCCUUGGCUUUGGCUCAGACACUUGGGUGUAUCCGUCCCUGACCCAUCCGACGUAUUCUCAACUGAGCAGACAGUACGUCUACUGCCUUUACUGGUCCACGCUUACCUUGACCACGAUUGGGGAGACCCCCCCUCCAGUCAGAGACAUCGAGUACUUCUUUGUGGUGAUUGACUUUCUCACUGGGGUUCUGAUCUUUGCUACGAUCGUCGGCAAUGUGGGUGCGAUGAUUUCCAACAUGAACGCCGCGCGGGUAGAGUUCCAAGCCAAGAUCGACUCCAUCAAGCAAUACAUGCAAUUUCGGAAGGUCACCAAAGAUCUCGAGGUGAGGGUGGUCAAGUGGUUUGACUACCUGUGGACGGAGGGGAAAACCUGUGAUGAGAAACUGGUGCUGAAGAAUUUACCUGACAAGCUAAAGGCUGAGAUAGCCAUUAAUGUACAUCUGGAGACCCUCAGAAAAGUGCGCAUUUUUCAAGAUUGCGAAGCCGGUUUGCUUGUCGAAUUGGUCCUGAAGCUUCAGCCUCAAGUUUUCAGUCCCGGAGACUACAUCUGUAAAAAGGGGGACAUUGGCAGGGAAAUGUAUAUCAUAAAGGGAGGUAAACUCGCUGUCGUGGCAGACGACGGGGUAACCCAAUUCGUGGUUCUGAGCGAUGGUGCGUAUUUUGGAGAAAUCAGCAUCCUGGGCAUCAAGGGUAGUAAGGCAGGAAACAGAAGAACUGCUAAUAUCCGAAGCGUUGGCUAUUCGGAUUUGUUCGCCCUUUCCAAAGACGAUCUAAUGGAGGCCCUCACGGAGUAUCCCGAUGCUAAAUAUGCUCUGGAGGACAAGGGAAGAGCCAUUCUCAUGAAAGAUAAUCUCAUAGACGAGUCGCUGGUGGCUGCUACUGAUGCGAAAGACUUAGAGGACAAGGCGAACCAGAUUGAGGCUAAUGUGGAGGUCAUGAUGACCAAAUUUCGUAAGCUCACGAACCAGUAUGAGUCUUCCCAGCGUAAACUCAAGCAGAGGCUCAGCAAUUUGUCGAAUCAAGUCAGGACCCUCAGAGUCGAUGAUAUGUAAAGCUUGCCUGGUGUCAGCCACACUGAGGUCCUGUCCUCUCUCUGAGACAGAAACAAGUUUAUACACCCUUAAAGUAGGAUGACCAGUAAUUGAACAAUGUCUACUCUCAUUUUCCCCAUAUAUGAUACAAUGAUAUGGCCUUGAAAGAUUGGCAUUACUUUUCAUUAAUUUGCUUCCAUAGAAAGUAGCUUGAUUUUGCUAAACAAUCUAAAAAAACACAGAAAUCAGAUAUGAAACCAAAGUUCCUAUUGGUUGAUUUUUCUUUUUUGAAAUUGAAGCAAUUUGGACAUUUAAAUUAUUAGAAUUUUAUUCUUUAACGUGUUAGUUUACUCCACAAGAUGUUGCAACUGACGUAUUUUAUGUGAAUCACAGAACAAAUACCAAUGAAUGAUAAACUUGCAGCAUCUCAUAUGAAUUUAUCAUUUGCAUUUUUUUCUGUUUAUAGAAAUAUGUAAUAAAAGAAAAGAAGAAAUAUAUGAUUGUUGAUAUAAUUGUCAACAAUCAUAUAUAUCAUAAUCAUUUUACAAUCAUUAUAGUUGAUGACAAUAUU